AUGAUCGAAGACUACGAGGGGGAGGAUGCCCCAGAAGAGGAGGCUACUACCGAUGCCGAUGCCGAGAAGGCUACCGCCGAUGCUUCUUCUCAUUUUCAACUAAAGCUGGUUGAGCUCGAAGAGAUGAGAGAAGAGUACGAAGGGGAGGACGCCCCGGAAGAGCUCGUUGCCCCUGAUGCCGAGGAGGAGACUGCCGCUUGA